CCUAUCUAGCGGUUAAAAAUUUUUUUUUUUAACUUAAAAAUAUUUCGCGCAAACAAACGUGUUACGUGCCAAAAAAUUCGUACAAAACAAACCGCGCUAGUUAUUUACGUCAUCGCGUUUCAACCCGAGCGGAUUACGUAUCAUUAUUUUUUUAUAGAUUAAUAUUUAUUAUUUUUUUAAUCGGACGAGAGGCUGGCUGCCCUCCUCGUUUCUCGUUCAUCGCGGACGUACAACGUGCACGAGCACAUGCGCCUUGCCCGAGUUGGCAACAACACAAAGCGGUCUUCGCCCGAACCCGAAAGUUCUUUGUUCGUCGUUAAAUUCUGGACGCGUUUCAACUGGUUUCAACAAACGGCAACCCAAAACUAACGUGCAACAACGUACCAAACGAAAGAGAGAAGAAUCGAACCCAGAAACCGCCUUAAUCAACCUUAAAAAAAGAAAAAAAUAACCGUUUUAAAUCGAGAUCGUUCCACUACAAUCUUUACGAGCAACAAAAAAAAAUACGCUGUCGUCAGUAAACAAAUAUUACCUCAUUCGUUGGUUUGUGCCUCUUCUCCUACUAAAUAGAGAGUUUUUUUCGUCUCCUCUCAUCCGUGUGUGAGUGUGUGUUUAUUUUGAGUAUGUGUGAGUGAUUUUUUUUUAUUUUUUACCUUGGAUAUAAAACACACACACAGAGGAAGUGUAACAACUCUUCUAAUACGGUCUCAACGAAAGGGAAAAGUUAUUAAUUGUAACAUCUAAAGUUAGAUUCAAAUUAUUUUAAAAAAAAAUCAACUUAAAACUUAUUUAUUACGGGAGCAAAUCCUGUUAUCUCUUUCGUGAAUGUUUUAUUAAAUUUGUUGUUAAAUAAAUAAUAAUAAAAAUGCUCGCUUGCAAGUGUUUAAACGUGAUUAUUGAAACGAACGGGAAGGAUUCAGGUGACUUUGAGAAGGUUAAUGUGGAAUCGUUACGUUUGGGAAUCGAAUCCACUUCGGACGCUUUUUUCAAACAGGAUCUCCAACUGGUCCAAAGCCUCCAGAAAGUUACAACGAAGAUCUCUGGGCUUGUAUCGACUCGAUGUGUUGGCCCCUACACUGUACAUUUGUGUUUCAAUUGUAACUUGCACACACAUGCCGUUCAUAAAGAAAAAGGAAAUCCAAUUUUGAUCUCUGCUAAUUUAUUGCGAAAAGCAGCUAUUGAAGCCGUUGAAAAGAACUCUGAUUUUUCGACCAAUUAUAACAUUAUGAUUGAUACUAAUUUGAAAAAUUUAUCAAAUUCUAUAUACAGCAAUAUGGCGCCGGAUGAAAAAGUGAUUGUAAACAAUUUGAUGCAAAGGGCUAAUGAGUCAAUUAGUCGCGAAUUGGCAGCUGUAGAGAAUAAAAUCAGUCAGUAUUCCGACCAGCAAUAUACGUUAUUUGAAGAGUACAAAGCAAGAGUUCUAUUUGAGCAUGAUGUUCUGUCCAGAAAAAUCUUAGAGGGUAAACGAAGAGCUUCCAAAGAGAACACCGUUAGUACAAAAACGUUGUCUACGCCACUCGGCAAUCGACUGUCUAAGAACCAAGUACCUGAAACACCGGAGAGCCCUAACAGACUGUCUUUAUUUGACCGGACCAAACAAGCAUUCAUUACUUCAUCACCAAAACCAAUCAUAUCUAAUAGAAAAUUAUCAUCAAAUCAAGCAUGUUCAUUCGAUAGUGAAGGUCUUUUUCAAUUAGAAGAUAUGGAUGAAGACUUAACCUACGUAGAUUCAGAGCAUGAAGAAAGCGAAGAUGAUUCAACGAUGAAUUAUUCCAGAAAUUCCGAUCAGAAUUCGAGAAGGCAAAGUUUGCAAAUGGCGAAAUCAUUGCCAGUAUCGAUUCCUGCACUAAAAGCGUUUAAGAAUCAUAUCAACGAAGAUAAUGAUGAUAGAAUGCCAGAAGAAUCGAUGGAUAUCGCAGCUAGUAUAAAAGCGUUGGCGAAAAGUAUUCAAGGUGAUACGAUUUUCGGUGAUUUGCCGGCUAGGCCGAGAUUCAGCUCGCAAAUUUAAUACUACUACUUAAUCGUAAAUUCGUUUCUACUUAGGUACACUUAGUUAUCUUUUUGAUUAUGUUUAAAGAAAAAGUCGCUUUAAAAAAAAUUGCAACAAAACCGCUAAUAACCAAUUGUGAUGAUGAUUAAUUAAUCUUGUGGGGUUGAGUCUAUUUUUUAUUAUUAAACUUAAUUUCUGGUAAAUCUGGGGAAAUUAAAG